AUGGCCAUCAAACACAGUGUGGAGCUGUGGAAGCUGGAUCAGGAGAAUACAGCCAUACAGGCCAGACUGACAGCCAGUGAAAGCAACAAUGCAGUGUUGGAGUGGAAAAUGAACACCAGUCAAAAAGAAGUGGAGGAACUCAAGAGAGAGAACACAGUUUUGAAGGCCAGAAUGAAAACCAGUGAAAAUGUGAUGGAGGAGCUCAAGAGAGAGAACACAGAUCUUCAAUCCAGAGUAACAGCGAGUGAAGAUAAGAGCACAGUGUUGGAGACCAGAAUGAACACCAUUGAAAACGAGGUGGAGGAGCUCAAGAUAGAGAAUGAAGUUUUUAAAGCCAGAUUGAACACCAGUGAAAAUGUGAUGGAGGAGCUCAAGAAGGAGAACACAGAUCUUCAAUCCAGAGUAACAGCGAGUGAAGAUAAGAGCACAGUGUUGGAGGCCAGAAUGAACACCAGUGAAAAUGUGAUGGAGGAGUUCAAGAUAGAGAAUGAAGACCAACCAAAGGUGGCGUUCUCACUUGGUCUCACUAAUGAUGGACAAGUUGGACCCUUCAAUACUGACACCAGACUCGAGUUUAGUAGAGUCAACACCAACGUUGGUCAGGCCUACAGUCCAACUACAGAGGGCUUGAGCCAGGGCGUUGGUACUUUGCCAACAUUGAGUCAUGUGUGA